AUGAACGUCCAGCCCUUCAUGGGCCUGCCCGUCAUCCCGCCCACCCGCCCCAUCCAGGCCAUCCCCAACGACCGCUUCCCCAUGGACCCCCACGGAGCCCAGGAGUACCUCCUCUGCCUGGCCACCCUCGUCUUCACCGGCCUGCACGUUGCCGGCUGGUACCUGCCCUUCCCCACCAGCGUCGAGAGGGUGCUCUGGCGCGUCGCCAGCCUGAUCCUCUUCGCCGUCACCGCUCUCUUCUGGGUCCUCGAGACCGUCGCCUCGUGGCACCGCCUCGGCCGCUGGACGCGGCUCUACCUCCGCAUCUCUGACAGGCCCAGCCUGCCAGCAUUCGAGCGCCGCACCACGCUCCGCCUCGACCAGGAGAGAUCCCGCGAGAUGUCCGCCCUUCCGCUGCCCUGGGAGUUCUGGUCCACCGCCCCCAUCGCUGUGCUGUACACCAUCGCGCGUCUCUAUCAGCUUGUCGGGGGCUUCACCGGGCUGCGCGAGAUCGACGCCUCCGCCUUUGUCCAGGUCGAAUGGUCAGCGUACCUACCACACGCCUAG